AUGGCUGAAUCAUCGCCCGAAUGUUUGGAUGAUGUUUUCUUUUCGAACGGAAAUUCUCCGCGAGAAAAACGUGGCAGAAGAGCUGUCAGAUGGAUGUCGGUUAGGGAAAAGCCGACAACUGAACCGCCACCAGAUGAAAUAAAUGGAAGAAUGAGGAAAGGGCAUCGAAGAUUGAAAAGAACGGGAACUGCACCGGCAGGGACGGGCGCGGGCUCAGAUCUCUACUCGCAUAACUUUCUCUCCGUUCCCGCCAGCAUUUCCGGUCGAACUUCUCCUUCGGUGGCAUCAAUGACAUCUGAGCCAGAAUCAUGCAUUGAUGACACACAUUUUAUGAAUGAUGAUGAUGAUAUCCCUGAUGGAUUGAUUGAUAAAGAAAAGAUUCUCAUUCGAUCAUUUAAUCUCAUCAAAAUCGAUCAAACGCUGAGCUCUCUUUUA